ACUAUAGUCACAGCAUGUGCACCGUCUAGACCCUCCUAUCUGUGCUGGUUUUAUAUCUUGACCAUGGGCUCGACUAAUGGAACCUCAGUCAAUUCACUGAAUUCAUCACUCAUCUGCAACUUUCCCUAUGAAAAUGACCGACUUCCACUUCUGAUACUGUAUGGCAUUGUCCUGAUUGUGGGAGUACCUACAAACCUUGUUACCAUCUAUCUUACUUUUCUCGAGGUGCAAAGGAAGAAUGUGUUGGGAAUCUACCUGCUGAGUCUGUCUGUGUGUGAUCUGCUGUACUUAGGUACGCUACCUGCAUGGGCCAUUUACAUACACCAUGGGCAUCGCUGGUACUUGGGCUCUCUGGCUUGUAAAAUUACAUGCUACAUGUUCUUUAACAACAUGUAUGUCAGCAUCUUCCUCUUGUGCUGUGUGUCUGUGGACCGUUACAUUGCUGUGGUGUAUUCAUUGAAAUCUCGAGGUCUGCGGCAGAUGAAAUGGGCUGUGAUAGUCAUUUUAGUAAUUGUAGUUGUUGUGGCACUGUGUCACAUGCCAGUGUUUACCAUGGAAGAAGGUGACACAGAGUCAAAAGAGGAGAAGCGGUGCUUUGAACCCGGACAGUACACCUCCACUGUGACUGCUUUCAACUAUACCCGCUUUGUGAUCGGGUUCUUCAUUCCACUGUGCAUUCUGCUGGUCACCAACCGUGCCAUUCUCUCUAUGGUCCAGGCCAGUGAUGGCUUGGGUUCAGAGCAGAAGUUCAAAAUUCGCUACCUCCUUUGGGCAGUAAUCCUGUUCUUCCUGGUCUGCUUCGCUCCCUAUCACAUUAUUCUUUUGCUACGGGCCGUCAGUUUCCAUUUCUCAGACAAGACCUGUAACUUUGACACAUUACUUUACUCACCUUACACCAUCUCUUUGGGACUGUCCACUCUUAAUAGUGCUAUGAACCCAAUUCUGUACGUGCUGACCAGUGACAACAUACGCAACGAGAUCUGCAGAAGCAAGUUCUGCAUGUGCAGUGGUUUCUUUUCUAGACAGGAGACAAGACCAGUUCUGUCUGCCAACACGGGGGAACGGUCAGAUAACUGCCCUGGGCUGAAGACAAGUGAGGGGUCACAGAAGGGUGUCUGUUUGAUCAAGCUAUGAUGGGCAUAUACGUAAGCUAUGUACAUUUCAUGAGUUGAAUGGCAUUUCAACAACUUAUAGGUUUUUACAAUUAUAUAUAGUCAGUUAUUUUAUACCCUUGCUAACAGAGAUGAAUCUUUUUGUUAAUCAUAUAACUUCAGGGAAGCAUUCACAGGCCUGUACAUUCCACGACUGAGCUACUAUAUCUAGUAUAAUAAAAACAUAUAAAAGAUUUUUUGGUCUUAGAAUAAGUGGUCUUUUAGUUAGAACAGGAAAUGUUUUGAUGUACAUUGCAUAAGCCACCACUACCUUUUGCAAAAGUCGCAUUGCGAAAUUCCCUUGCAUAAAUAAAAACUCUAUCAGAUAAUUCUGCUUCUACAUCUGUAAUAUGUCUUACUUAGGUGAUCAAUAAUUGUCAAAGGUACCUGUAAUACUUGUAAUUAUCUUAAUAACAGACCUUAUAUUAUUAUCUCAACCUUUAAUCUCAACAAUUACUGAUUGCCUUUAGAUUCUAAUACCGUAUGUUCAAGCCAUAGUACAGAAGAAAUUUAGGUCGGGUCAUUAUUUAAUUUGAUUCAAAGAUCAAGUACGGAAAGAUAAUUCCCUGGUUCAUCAUUCAUAAGGAUAUAUAUCUUAUAAUUAAAAUGCAGAAUGGAGUUUUUGUUCAGGUGUACCAAAAUGAAAACAAUUUAAUAUAAGGCCAGACAACAUUUUCCAAUAUUUUACUGUCCAGUUAUGUGAGCCUGUGUCUACUGUAGGCUUAAAUUCGUGUUCUUGGAUGGCAGGAGAGUAACCCAUCAAUGAGAAUCUUGAACAUCAUAUAGAAUACUGUUGUAGUCUAUCCAUUUCAAGGUACAAUAUGAAAUGCUUUUCUUUUCAGCAUGGUUGUAAAGAGUAGUUAUUUGUUACCAAUAACAAAGCUUAACUUUUGAGCUCAAAAAUUUCUAGCCUACACCCAUGACAUGGUAAAAGUCACAAAGAUCGUAUUUUUCCCACAGAGAGUGCCCAGGCCAUAUUGUGUUACUGAAACCAUUUCACCACUGACUGCUGAUGUCACACACACACUGAAAUCACAUCCUAUUUGUAAUCUCUGGGAAGUUUUCCAAAUGACAAAAUUUCAAACUUGUUCCAGUCUUUGAGAAUAUCUUUAUUCGCAGUACAAUUCAACAGAGCUACUGCUGUAAUUUGAUACCUGUUUAAAAAUGUACAGGCAGAUCACGUACAUUUUACAUGCGAUCAUGAGUGUUUUUUACAUGAUGUUAUUCAUAGGUUUUGUAACAACGACACUGAGCACGUGUCGCGGUGGAAUUUGUACAGUAGUUGUAGAAAAUAGUCACACGUGUGUCAGUAAAUUCAACAAAAAGUCACAGAGCAAAUGCACGAAUACUAUUCAACAAAUCACUGAUUAAGAAACUCACAGUCACGUUACAGUUGCUAAAGUGAAUAUGGUGCAAUACACAUUCACACACUCGUAUUAAAAACUAGGAUGUCAGACAAAUGUUGCACUCCUGCAAAACAGUAUGGGUAUAAAAACAACCUGCACUCUCAAUUCUGAAGAAAUUCUCAGAAAUAUGGGGCAAAAGUAAUUUGUGCAAUAGAGGCAGGGGUGGGCACUGUUCAAAGAGCAGAGAACUUUUGGCCAAUCAAAGUAGCUCGUUUGGGUGAGAAUCAGCUUGUUGUCCAAACUAGAAAAAAACCCAAGUAACUCCAAAAUGCAUGCAGCCCCAUCUUCAUUAUACUUCAGACAGCUAUGUAAGUAAUCCAUGUUUCUUAGUUAGACUAAGCUCUUCUUCGAUUGGGACAAAAUGUGAGAAAACAUUCUACAGGUGUGAAGCUCUCAUUGCAUGAAUUCACAUAUUUAUUUGCACAUCUGCACAAUUUGUCUAUGACUUUACAUUUGUUGAUGCGAAUGUGUGAAAGUGUUUUAGAGCAAAUUCAUUGUAGCAACUGUAGCAAAAUAUGUGAGCGUUUGAGUUUCUUAAUUUGUGAUAUGUAGAAUUUGAUUAGGAUUUGUGCACCAAAGAAUUUGACAGGGUUUGUCUGUUCUGUUGUCUUGUGUUGUGUUGUGUUUGAGGGAAAAAAGUUUGCAAUUCUUAAAGGAAUUUUCUUGGUGAAUUCACGUUUACUGAUACACGUGUGUGUAAUGUGUAUUGUUGUUUAUGUAACCUGUAAAAUUCUGAUUUGAUUUGCACAACAUUCCACUGUCACAGGCAUUCAGUUGUUUUGUACCAAUAAUACUGUUAUGCCCUAAAUCUUUUGACAAUUUUGACAAAGUAGUCAUGUGAAACGUUAACAUACGAAAAUAAAUCAAAUGUGAAAAAACAGAAAUCUGAAACAUUUUAUUAUUUUUGAUUAAUGACUACAUUAUGAUGUGAGUCAAGUGAUUAUUUCCAUGUAAACUUCAGGCAACUUUUCUGUAACAGAAAUCUACAAAAAAGAAAACAGAAAGUCCUGAUGUUGUUCUGUUUUUUUUGGUUUAUUUCUAACACCUUGUUCAUUUGACAGAAAUGUGCUGAGGUUAUUGUUGGUUGGCUAUUGUGGUCUAGCAUUAGGAAUUAGAAACCAAUAAGAAAGCGACCCUGACCACAUGAGAGUUGUCAUAUGCAUUGAAUCUUUUUUUAUUACUGUUGGUUUCUGUGUGUAACCUAUAAAAUAUUAUUGUUGCAAAAAUAAAUAAAAUAUUUUUUCUUUAA